AUGGCUCCUUUAGAGACACACGAGCUGUCAUCUCUCGCCCCUGUCAACGGCAAUGGAUUUUACGAAAACUAUGAUGCACACGUAUCCAAAAUAUCGAUGCACGAGCGCCAUGCAAGCGAUGACGAGGCUAGUGACGACGGGAACGAAGGAGAAGGUGCCAAUGCGGCGUUGCUCGGGGGGCAUUCAAGGUCAAAUUCGUUAGGCGCUCCUGAUCCACCAGAGGGAGCAAGCCAAGUAAUUAAAGGCAUAAUUACCGAGACAGCUCCCACGCUCUUCCUCACGAUUCUCGGCAUGAUGUUUACAGGAGCACUACUUCAGCGCGUAACGCAUUGGAAGCCCAUGCGAUCCGUGGAUGAAUUAUUCAUUCUUAUUCCUAUGCUGAAUAACUUGAAAGGGAAUCUUGAGCUUGUCCUUUCCGCUCGGCUGGCGACGGCUUCUCAUAUUGGCGUCCUCGAUCGGCGGUCGAGUCGACGAGCAUUGAUCGGUGGGAGUUUAUCAUUAUUACAAUUGCAAGCCUUGUGUGUGAGCGCACUGGCUGCAAUUGUAUCGUUUCUUCUAGGGCUGGCACUUCCGGAAACUGCUGUCGCUGGUGGAAGUACUGGAGAGAAGGUUGGUGUGGAUGGAAACGUGACUAUGAGAUGGCAUCUGGGCAAAGUUGCCCGAGAGCUGGUUAAGCAAGCGCCACAUAAAGUACCGAAAAUCAAGGACGAGGGCACAAAAUCUGGGUGGAGAGAAUUUAUUAUUGUUCUGUCUACCGCUAUGUCGUCUGCCUGCCUUUCUGGUUUAAUACUCGGGUCGUUUAUGUGUUCAACUGUCCUUUUAUGUCGACGAUUUAAACUCGAUCCAGACAACAUUGCCCCACCACUCGCAUCGUGUCUGGGAGACCUGGUUACUCUUACACUUACAGCUCUUACCUCAACUUUAUUUUUCUAUACCUCUGGACGACCUCAAGAUCCAGUACUGGCUGCUCCUCAGAAUACAACUUCGUCCUUGCUCCUAAUCCGAGAUACCCAACCCGCAAUUGGCCAUUUCCCGUUUCUACCUUUUCUAAUUACUAUGGGGUUGGCCCUCUCAAUCCCAUUCAUAUUUCAACUCUGCCGGCGCCUCACAUUCUCUCGCCCGUUGAUUCGUGAGGGGUGGACGCCACUAUUGGUAGCCAUGGCCAUCGAAUCAGGCACGGGGAUCGUGCUCGACUGCCUUCCGGGUAGCGUGGGUGCAGUAUUCGUAAGUCGACUAAGCACCGAACUGCACCAGGGCGAGAGCAAUCCGAACAAGAAAUCCUCAGACCAAGGAAAUCCCAAACUGGUUUCGCUCACGUUGUUUGCUGUUGGAUUUCCUGUGUUAAUAUCGUAUUUACUGUUUGUCUGGGGUGCUGGGUGGCUACCCCUCCCAUUUGGAUUUGUGGGGUUGUUUGUUGCGAUUUUUGGUAUUACCGUUAGUGCAGCUCUCGGACUAGCAUAUUACCUCACACACUUGUUCUGGCGGCAUGGAUUUGACCCAGACGCCUAUUGCCUCCCAGUCCACAGCGCGCUGGUAGAUCUGAUAGGGCAACUUUUCCUGGUCGCAUGUUAUGAAUUGGCCAGUUUAUUCGGGAACGAUGUAAAAAUUCGUGGUACCUAG